AUGCGACAGCAAACGAACGCAACGGAGCUACCAGCAUGGAAGCACCGAGACGAAAUCAUCCACGCCGUCAAGAACCACGUUGUUGUGCUUCUACUAGGCACCACUGGUUGCGGCAAGACAACACUCGUGCCCCGCUUCCUCGAUGAACAGGGCUUCGGUCCCGUCGCGAUAGCGCAGCCACGUCGCUUGGCAGCCAUCAGCGUCGCCAGACGCGUCAGUCAGGAGCUAUCCUGUCGACUCGGAACAUACGUGGGGUAUGCAGUCCGCUUCGACGACUGCUCCGAUCCCGAGAAAACUCGUUUGCGGUACGCCACAAGUGGUGUACUCUUGCGCGAGGCCAUCAGCGAUCCGCUUUUUCGUCGCUAUGGGUCUCUGGUCAUCGAUGAAGUACACGAACGUCUCAUACAGACGGACAUUUUAAUGGCGGUUGCACGUCGAGCGCUUAUCGAACGCCGCAAGCAGCCGACCUGUGCGACGGACGCUUUCCGGGUGGUGCUCAUGUCAGCAGCAGUGGACGUGACGACGCUAUUGCGCUACUUUCAAAGCGCAGCGAUCGGGCCGGUCAGCGUGUGUUCGAUACCAGGGAACCUCCAUCCGGUCGAUAUUCUCUACACAGCGGACUACUGCGCAGAGCAUCUGGAUGCGGCGUUGAACCUGGUCCUUCAACUUCAUCUCCAUCUGGAAAACGUGCCUGGGGAUAUUCUAGUAUUUCUAACUGGCCAAGAGGAGAUCGAACUCGCCGUCAAGCUACUCCCAGAAAGGCUCCGGCGACGGGGUCCGGGAAGCGCGCCGCUCUUUGCGGUACCCUUGUACGCUACGUUGCCUCCAGCGCAGCAGCUAGCUGCGAUCAAUCAGAGCCGUCCGCAGACGCUUGGAUCCGUUGCUGCUCGCAAGGUCAUUUUCGCGACCAAUGUUGCCGAGACAUCGCUGACGAUUCCCGGAGUGCGUUUUGUUAUCGAUACAGGCUUGAGCAAACAACGCAUCCUGGAUCCAUCCCUGGAUGCGGAUGUUUUGCAGGUUCGUCCCAUUAGUCGAGCACAAGCCUUGCAACGGGCGGGGCGCGCUGGACGCGAAGCCGGCGGUGGCAUCUGCAUUCGGCUCUAUCCAGAGACGCUGUGGCCAAAGCUCAGCGCGUAUCCAGUCCCCGAACUAUGCCGUUGCGAUCUGGCGAGCACACUCUUGCAACUGUAUGCCAUGGGUAUGGAUCAGCCCUGGAAACUGCCGCUUGUGAAUCCACCACCGCGAUCCAGCAUGGAACGCGCACUUGUUCACUUGCACGAGCUUGAAGCCCUGGACGAUCAACUUCAACUGGACCCGCUGCUCGGUCGACAGAUGGCUGGCCUGCCGUUGGAGCCGAUGGAAGCGCGUAUGGUGUUGGCCGCCAAGGCGCUGCACGAGCCUAUGGUGCUCUCCCAGGUAGUGGAGAUUGCAGCGAUGCUCAGUGUGGAUGCAUGGAGCAGUGGACUCUUGGUUGUGCUGCCCGGGGAGCGCCGGAUCGAUGUUCAGAGGCACUGGCAGCAGCUCUUUGUCGAGGAGCGUGCUGGCGACCUCGUUACCGCUGGGCGCAUACUGCACCAGUAUCUGCAGCAGGCACCGCCGCUGCGAAAGCGCUGGUGCAUCCAGCAUCAUCUCAAUGAACGUUUGCUGUCCGCUGCUGCAGAUGCUUUCACUCAACUCAUGCAGCUGCUGGAGUGCACCCCGCUAUACGCAGCGAAUGCGCCGCAGCUGGACGCGUUGGCAGCGCAGGUCUCUGCGAGCAUACCUGCGGAAGUCUCAACGAGAGAACGAUUGUUGGAGCUCGUUCAAAGAUGUAUCUGUGUGGGUUUCUUCCGGCAUGCAGCGCGUCGGGAAGGUCAGCGAUCCUAUCGGAUCAUCCGUACAGGGUAUCAUCCUGUCGCUCUACAUCCGUCAUCGCUGUACGCCAGCGGUGCAUAUCCCGAGUGGAUUGUUUAUCGAGAUUUCAUCUACACAAAUAAGCCCUAUUUACGAGGCAUCACUGCGUGUGAGCCCAUGUGGAUCCAGAGUAGUCGCUGCUCGACAGCGACGUUUGCAUCUCGCGAAGCCUGCAGGUGA